AUGAAGCCUAUCCCCAUUAUAGUGUGCGGCAAGUCUGCGCACGUCGCUGUUGGUGUGAAGGAAGGCAUCAGACCAACAUAUGAGGCGCUUCAUAUCAUUCAAUCUUUGGAAGCUGGGAUGAGGGACAUUCCAUCCCUUUUGGAAGGACUCGAUCCUCCUUCCAAGGAGUGGGCAAACCUUGGAACUCAGGAGUACGGGAAAAAGGUCGCAGCAGUCGUCGUUGGAGGUGGAUACAACGAUGCAGACUUCGAACAGCUACGAAAUACUGGCGAAGGGAAAAGCAGUAUACCGUGGCUGCGUCACGACAUAAGCAAGGAGAUCGACCCAAGGCAACCUAGGCCCAAAGCUGGGAUUGAGUAUGGCGAGCAGCUUGCAAAGAAGAUAGUCAAGUGCUUACAAGAUUUGGAAGAAGAUAAGAAGAUGGGAAAGGAUGGCGUAUAUUGGUUCUAG